ACAUUUGAAAGACUAAUAGACAACAAUCGGUAAAAUCAAGCUGACACAGUGAAAGUGAAAGUUAGGUUAUGAUUGUUUUCAUACAGCGUAUGCGGUAUGGCUAGCUAUUUCUAUAUAUUUCUGUUCUUGGUUGUACUUAAGCACAUGCAGUACACCUCAGAAGCCCUAAGUAGGAGUACUAACACAUAGGUGGUGCAGCUUCCUGGUAAUGAGGAAAAAGAAAUCCAAAAAGAAGAAAAAACAACAACAUGACGAGUCAACAAAUUUCCCUUUCUUACAAGAUGCUGAUACAAUUGCUUACAUCAAGAGGUCGCAGGUUGUGUUUAUCAUGCGAGGUGUUGCUGGCUCUGGAAAGACAACUCUUGCUAAGCUGAUUAAGAAGAAGUAUAAACACUCAGUAUGCUGCACAUCGGAUGACUUUUUUAUGCAUGGUUCUGUGUAUAUGUUCGAUAUAUCACUAUUGAAUGAAGCACAUGCAGCCUGUCAGCAAAAAGCAUUAGAUGCCUUAGCUAGUGGUGCACCAGUGGUAAUUAUUGAUAGCACUAAUCUCAAACAGAGAAAAACACAGCAGUAUGUAGAACUUGCCCAUAAAUUUAACUAUCAUGUUAUAUUAGUGACACCCAAGACAUUGUGGAAUAAGGACAAAAAUGAACUUUUUAAGAAGAAUACACAUAAUGUGCCAUUAGAUGCUAUUGAGCAUAUGCUUGAGGACUUUGAAGAUAUGAUUCCAUUGUAUUAUGCUUGGUUUUUGAACUAUCCUGACUCGGAGAUGAUACUCCAGCAGGGAAUGUCAGUCUAUCAGGAAUGUUUUACAAAAGUGGAUCAGUUCAGAGAAUGUAUAAAAAACAAUAUAGGUUUUGGAGAGAACCGUGGAAGUGCUCGAAAUUACUACUCUCGUGAAGGUUUCGCUGGUGGUAACAAACUUCAUUGCACUGCCAAAUUUUGUGGCAAAGGAAAAGUGCCAGGUAGUGGAGACUAUGCAAGGAGUGAUAUUGUUCAACAGUCCAUGAACCGUUCAUCUAGCCUUGAGAUUAUAGGGAUUGUACUGACGCCGAAGACACUCACAGCUCGAGUGAGGCUUAGUAAAGAACAGUUAAAGCUAUGGGGAAAUGAAGAUGACUUGAAACGUGAUAAGGAUGAUGGUGCCUUAGAAACUUUGAUGAGCAAACUGACUGUCCUGGACAGUUCAAAGUCUUCAUCCCAAAAGGCAAAGAAACCACAAGCUGAAAAACAGAAACCUAGACAGCAUGGAGGUCCUAAAACAGAAGAUUUAAAGAAAGCAGCCAGUCGUAGAACAUUCAGUGCAUACAAUGUAUCUUCUGGAUAUGGUAGCAAAGCACACAUCACAAUUGGUUGUGCUAAGGGAUACUCACCUGUACAAGCAGGUAGUGAUCUGGUUGAAAUGAUAAGUAUGGAACCAGAGAUUUUAGGUAAUAGUGCAGUUCAAGCAAUUCAAAUUUCUGUGGGAAAAGCAGUUUACUUUGGGGAUGGCAGAUGUAUGGUGUACUUUAGAGAACCAUUACGUGUACAUAGCAUGUUUGGUGGAUAUUAUUGACAGCUGUCAGUUUGUCACUACACCAAAUUAUGUUGAAAGAAAGAUUAUGCAACAUCAGUGUAUCAGAUCUCGAAUUUAUUUGAUCAGGAAGCCAUCUUUGAUUAAGAUAUGAGUCACUCAGGUGAAUUCAGAUAAUAUUUUUUAUCAUUUACUCAUUUUUACUGAUGUGUGUACUCUGUAUGUAUCAUGAUAUUUGUAAGCUUUUAUUGUGAAAACUGGUUGACUGAUGUUAAAGUUUUGUUUUGCUUUAAACCUACUUUUUGAUUCACAUUUUUAAAUUAUCUUUUAAUGAUGAAGUGAUAUUGUACUGUAUAUACCAGUAUGUGAUAUAUUUUCUACAGAUUUACAUCUAACAAUCAUUAAAGGAUUUAAUAAUUAGUUUUCCUUUGAAGGUACUGUGAUUUAUUGGCUUCAGAAGUUAACAUACCAAGUUGCCAAAAAUAUACAAACUAUCAUUAUUGAUCUUCAGCGCCACUAUAUGAACUGAAGCAAUAACAAAAAUAUUAAAUUUUGUGCUAAAAUGAUGAAUUCUUGAGUCCACGCAUUGAUAAAAGUUGUUGUAGUGUUACACUUUUAGUUGUAAACAUGAUAUGAUGAAAUAAAUACUGAUACUG